CUCAGCUCCCCAGGCUGGGGAUGGACCUCAGCUCCCCAGGCUGGGGAUGGACCUCAGCUCCCCAGGGCUGGAAUUCCAAGGCACUGGUGCUGAGCAAGACAGGUCUCAGCUUUAUGAAAUGAUUUAUUGAAACCUUUUAUGCAGUGGUUCUCCCAGGGCUCAGGCCCACUGGGUCCUGCAGUGCCAUGUCAGGGUGCUGUGCUGUCCUGCCAUGUCAGGGUGCCCUCCUGAUUCCAGCAGCUUCAAUUAUUCCUCUUUUACUCAUUUUUGCCUGUUCUAGACCUUCCCUGCAGCACAGGGCUUGCCCUAAGCAGGGUGCCAGGGCUGGUACUUCCCCAGGGCUCUCAGUGCCAGAUGCCAGCUGAGCUCUGGGUUUGGCAGGAUGGGGAGCCAGCACCCUUCCCUUUCUCCACAACACUUGUGAGCAAGCCCUUCAUGUGCAGACACAGGGUCCUCAUCUGCCUAAAACCUCAGGGGAUUUUCCACGUUGCCAAAGAAACGCCCCCACAGCAUUUUCAUUGGAAUGGAAUGAUAAUAAGGUGACGUUGCCUGCAAGGAGUCCCAAGGGCUUGGAGACCUGACAGCAAAUAAAAACCAACCUCUGGAUAUGUGGCAUUGGGAUUUGUGCUUGUUUUCUUGUCACACUUUGGGUUUGGGGUUUUUUUUUAAAGCAAAUCUCCAAUUUCCUGACAGGGUUGUGUUUAAGAUGCCUUUGGGUGUUUGGGGUUGGAGUGGGGAUUGUUGAAUUUGGCCUCAGCUUUCAUGCUUGCAGGAUCAAAGAGGGGAGAUGGAUCCCACUGAAAACUCACUGAUGGUGAUGGAAACACAGAAAUUCUCUUUCCUACUUCAUCCCCAAAUAACUGAGGAUUUUUCCACGCUUUGGGAUGUGCUAAUAGUUUUUUUUCCCCAGGCUGAAUUCAUUCAUUAUCCCUUUUCCUGCUCCCUUAGGAGAAAACCAGGCAACCCAUCUGCUGUGUGACUGGAGGCUGAGGAUGGGGCUACCUCAAAUCCUCUCCCCUUUUUGUGUUUUCCAUCUCUCCCCUGGCUUGCUGCCCUGGGUUUCCUGGGGCUGUGUCCUGUGGGGUGCCCUGGGGCCCUGUGAUGCUGCCAGGGCUGGGGCUGAGCUCAGUGCAGCAAGGGUCACUCUAGAUUGUCACCCCAUCAAUUUGGGGAGGUCUGGAAGAGGUGAACUCAAGCCCUGAGCCUUUCAAUCCACCCCACUGGGUGCCCUGGAUGGAAAUCCAGCUUCUCAAGGGUUCUUUUCUCCUGCUGGGCUCCCUGGCUGGGCACAUCAGGCGCAGACUCCUCCGGCCUGCCACACAUUCCCCAGACAGAAUAGCUGGGAUUCCUACAUUCCCUCCCCCAAAAUGACCCCAGCUGGGCACUGUCUGCAGUGACAUCAGCAGCUGGCUCCAGGGAGAGGAGGGGUCCCCCAACACAGCAAGGAGCCCCACAAAGCCCAAGAGAGGCUCUGUUUCGGUCCUGAGGCGUGAACACUUCCCUGGCAGAUUUGUUUUUUGCAGGAGUACCUGGCUGCUGUGGCAGCUCUGCCAGGCUUGGGUUAGGGAGGGAGUAUCCCACAUUCCCAGAGGUGCCCACUCAUGCGCAGUUAUUUCCUUAAAGCCCCAACUCCUGGAGUCACUCCAUUUUGCCAAAGACCUCGCUGUUGUGGCAAUGAGGGAGCAGAGGAGCACAGAGCAGAGAAAGCCCAAAGGUGGGUGUGAAAAUAAACCCUUCUCACCUCGAGGUUGCCCUGAAGGUGCACCUUGUGGCCCUCAGGUCACCUCACCUGUGGUGGAGGCGGCUGUAGGGGUUUUGGGGAGGGGGAAAAUCCCUCCUUGUGGGGUUGGGAACAAACUGGGGGCUGAUGAGCUGCUCUCUAACUCCUUCCUGCCCCAGAGCCAGGGCCCUUGAGGGGGUGGAAAUCCACCCCUGGCAUGGCUGGGGAAGAGCAGGGCUGUGACAGAGGAGCAGGUGCUGAAGGGUUAACAAGGAGUGUUUGCAGCCAGUCCCUUGUCACCAAGGAGAAGGGAUCAGCACUUGGGAAGGAAACAAAACAGCCACUGCCCAGGAGGGUGAUUUCCUCUCCCCGAGCAGCACUACAGCCCUGGGACCCCGGGAGGGCUCUGGACACCAGGACAGCGUCACCACCCCCUGUGGCACGGAGCAAGUGGCACCAGGCUUAUGGCAGAAUGUGGGGGGCACCGGGCACGGGGGCGCGGAGCAUCCGUCCCUACCAGUCCAGCGAGCAGUACCUGUACGCCAUGAAGGAGGACCUGGCAGAGUGGCUGAAGGAGCUCUAUGACCUUGACAUCGAGGUGGGCACCUUCUUGGAGGUGCUGGAGACGGGGGCUGUGCUUUGCUCCCACGCCAACCACGUCACCCAGGUGGCCGGGGAGUUUGCCCGUGCCUGCCCCGACGUGGCCCAGCACCUCCACCUGCCCACCGCCGGCGUCGCCUGCAACCUCACAGCACAGCCAGGCACCUUCCAGGCCAGGGACAACGUCUCCAACUUCAUCCAGUGGUGCAGGAAGGAAAUGGAUAUCAAAGGUAGGAUGCCAGGCUCCAGCUGUCCCAUGUCUCCACGUUCAAGUCCCCCUCCAGCCCCUCCAGGUGUCCCCCAAGCCCAGCGCCACCCCGGCAUGGGACAGCACCAUGUGCCUGCAUCCCUGAGCUGGAAUUCCUCCUACGAGGUCCUGCAGUGUUUGCUUGGGUGCAAAUAUGCACAGGAGGAAUGGAAAAGGAAAGGGUGGAUGGCACAGUGUGUCCCUGCCAGGCACGGCACGAUCCCAGCCCUAAGGACAGCAGGAGAAGUCCUGGCUCCGAGCAAAGCCUCUGUCACCCUGUCCUACCACUGUGGAUGCCCAGGAAGGAGGGUGGCACAGAGCAGGACAUCCUCAGGUCACUCAGACCCUGAGUUUUGUGGCUUUGGGAAAUGGAGAUGGUUGGGGAUGGGCAUGGAGAUGGGUGGGAUGGGGAUGGAGAUGGAUGGGAUGGAGAUGGAUGGGAUGGGCAUGGCCACCCCGGGAGCUUUCCCAGCAGCCCUGGUGAGGACCCAUCCCUGCUGCCCACAGGUCCAGCACCUGGUGAGCCGCUGUACCUGCCCUGUCCAGUUCCCCAUGAUCAAGCUCUCGGAAGGGAAAUACCGUGUGGGGGACUCUGACACCCUCAUCUUUGUGCGGAUCCUGCGGGAACACGUCAUGGUGCGGGUCGGGGGCGGCUGGGACACGCUGGAGCAUUACCUGGACAAGCACGACCCGUGUCGCUGCAGCUCGCUCUGUGAGUCCCCGUGUCCCCAAACACCGCGGCUGGGUGGGCCGGGAGAGGAAUCUGUGCUUGGUCUCGCUGCUUUUCGGGGAUAUUUUCAAGAGCGGGAGGCUUUGGUACAGCCGUACCUCGUUGUUUUACCCGGGAAUGAUGGGUUUUGGGGACUUUCUUUGGCUUUGGUGGCCACUAGAGGUCAUGGAAGACUUUUGAAUGGAGCCGGACCCCAAAAGCCGCUUUGCAGGGAGCGCAUCUCUGCCGGCACCCAGGGCUGGGUGGGCUGCACCGGGGGGCGGCUGCAGGGGACAGGGCUGCUCAGCGUUGUCCCCACAGCUCACAAACAAGCCUGGAAAGGCCGGAGCCCGCAGCAGCAACCUGACCACCCCCUGUCCAUCCUGGCCACCUCCCUGUCCAUCCUGGCCACCUCCCUGUCCAUCCUGGCCACCUCUCUGUCCAGCCUGGUCACCUCCCUGUCCAGCCUGACCACCCCCUGUCCAUGCUGA